AUUUUGGAUCUUUGUGAGCUCGUUCAACCGUGGUGAUAUUGCCCAAAAUGGCCUCCCAGUACGAUACCUACCAGACAUCCCUGACGGGCCGCUACUGCAGCCCGGAGAUGUCUGGUCUCUUCAGCCAGCGAUCUCGGCACUCGACCUGGCGCAAGCUGUGGCUCUACCUCGCCCAGAGCGAGAAGGAGCUUGGGAUCAACACCAUCACCGAUGAGGCCCUCGAGCAGAUGAAGGCCCACUUGACCGUGACGGAUCAAGACUUUGAAAUUGCCCGUGUCGAGGAGAAGAAGCGUCGGCAUGAUGUCAUGGCUCACGUCCACGCUUUUGGCCAAGUUGCCCCUGCUGCCGCUGGUAUCAUCCAUUAUGGCGCGACGAGCUGCUACGUCACCGACAACACAGAGCUCAUUCUCAUGAGGGAUGCCCUCGACCUCCUGAUCCCCAAGAUUGCCAAGGUGCUGCACAACCUCCAGGGUUUUGCCCUCCAGUGGAAGUCUGAACCCACCCUGUCUUUCACCCACCUUCAACCUGCUCAGAUCAGCACUGUCGGCAAGCGAGCCGCCGGCUGGGCACAGGACCUCUUGAUGGACCUGGCCGACCUGGAACGGGUACGAGACGAGCUCAAAUUCCGUGGUGCCCAAGGUACCACGGGUACGCAGGCCAGCUUUCUCGAGAUCUUUGGUGGCGACCACGCCAAAUGUGAGCAGCUCAACGAGCUUCUCUGUCAAAAGGCUGGCUUCGACGAAUGCUACGAUAUCUCUACACAGACAUACACGAGGAAGGUUGACUGUCUCGUGGCAAACGCCGUUACGGGCCUGGGAACUUCCGUGACCAAGAUUGCUUCUGAUCUGAGACAUCUCGCGUUCAUGAAGGAGAUCGGAGAGCCUAGAGAGGCUUCCCAAAUUGGCAGCAGUGCUAUGGCGUACAAACAAAACCCUAUGCGGUGUGAACGAAUUGCCAGUCUCGCGCGGGUGCUGCAGGGAAAGGCCGCCAACUACAACAGUACUCACUCGUCACAGUGGCUGGAGAGAUCGCUGGAUGACUCCGCAUGUCGAAGGAUGGAUAUUCCCGAGAUGUUCCUUCUCGCCGACGCCAUCGCCAUUACCCUGCAGAAUGUGACUGAGGGACUUGUGGUGUUUCCCUCCAAGAUUCACUCCAACAUCAUGGCAGAGCUGCCCUUCAUGAUCACCGAGAACAUCAUCAUGAGGCUGACGGCAAUGGGCGUGUCCAGACAGGAUGCUCAUGAGCAAAUCCGUGUCCUCUCAUUCCAGGCAUCCCACCAAGUCCAGAACGAGGGCAAGCCGAACGAUCUCGUGGAGAGGAUCCGGAAUACGGACUUCUUCAAGCCCAUCUGGCCUGAUCUUGAUAACAUGAUGAGGCCGGAGCUGUACGUUGGCCGCAGCGCACAGAUUGUGGACAAGUUCUGCGGACCGGGCGGCAAGCUCGAGAAGAAGCUUGCGCCGUACCAGGCGUCUAUCAAGGGGGCCAAGGCUGCUGAGUUGAACGUCUGAGGACCUUGAGGACUUUCUUGUUCAGUACAUAGCAUUCCUGGGUGUGGCAUGCAAGCAAUGCCCGUGUGUGCAGGAUUAAGCAACUUUGCCCAACAAUGAAACAGCCUAGGAUGACAAAAGGAAGAGGAGAAAAAAGGAUUACAGCCGUUAGGAAGCGUGGCUGUAGAGUGGAUAGACCUUUAGAGUCCCAUACCAUCAAAAAAUGAAAAAAAAAAAAAAUUUGAAGGG